ACAACGACAACAGGACACGCAAAAGAAAAUACGGCAGUAAAGCUGUGGAUGGCUACUGGUAGUGUCCUGUGACAUUGACAUUAUCAUCAUCCCCAGUGUGAAACAAUGUUCAGUAAGAAAUUACACGUAGACAUUAAAAAGUCAACGCUUAAAAUUCAGGAUGUUAAGAAAGAUAGUGCAACCAGAUUCAAGCAUCUGAAGAUAGUCCUUGAUAAUGUAGAUAUUGAAGAAGCUAAAGGUUUUUUUGAAGGAAAUUUUAGUCAUGUCUAUUUUAUUCUAUAUGAUUGUUUUGUAUCAGCAGAAACAAAUCUACGCCAGAGAGAACUCUCAUUUCAUCUUGUUCAUAAAGCACACAGAGAAGAAUUGGAACAAGUAUUACAAUUACUGGAAAGAGUUCUGAUACUUCUUCCAGAAUUAUUAAAUAAACGUUGGCAAUGCCAUAGUUUAGCAAGAAUUUUAUAUAAGCUUUUACAUCCUGGAAAUAGUUGGAAACUUCGAAGACAAGCUAUAAGAUAUUUUAUUUUAUGGUAUCAGAUACUAGGAGAGAAUGCACCUGAACACAUACAUCAAAUGUUCGCUUGUCUUGUGCCUGGUUUUCCACCAAAACAGCCAACACCAUAUAAAUCUGAACGGAAGAUCAAUGGUAAGAAGCAUACUAAAUCAGCAAACUGUGAUGAGAAAGAAAAGGAUUUUUUUGAUCCAGAAUUAAGUCAAUACAUUUUUCAUGAUAACGGCGUCACACAGGGUCCCAUCACACAAAUUGAUAGUGGACCCAUUCUACCACCACAAAGUGGUGAAAAACCAUUAGACAACGAAAGUGUCAAGUUUUUGGAGGCAUUAUUAGAAUUUAUGGUAACACAGGUUGUAAAAAUUGAAUGGCUUGAUAAACCUUCUCGGCAAUAUAAAUCAUUUCAGUUUCUACUUGAUCGCUUUAAAGCAACGUAUUUAAAAUAUAUUUGUCCACAAUUUAACAAUAAUUUUUCUUUAUACAAACCUAAUUUAGAAUUAUCGUUUAUGCGUAAGCCAAUGAAUCAAAGCCAAAAUAAUUAUAUACUUUGUAAAGUUGCACUGAUAAAAUGGAUUGCUACUUUUACUCAUGUUAUAAAGAAAGAUGGAGCUUUUUCACAUUUUACUCAAAGUAUAACGCCAAGUGAAGAAAAUGCAGACGAAUUGCGUCGCGUGUCUGUAUUACACAAUCCAACAGAUUCUAGUAUAAUAUCAGAUUCUAAUACUAUACAAGAAAGUGUUUUUUCAGAAGAUAGUACUGUUACGUCUAUGGCACUAGUUCGUGAAGUAUUUUACGGGAAUCGGGAUAAUGUUAAUUUUAUUCAUGAAAUAUAUAGACAAGCAUUUUUAUUAGAUUUUACUCAUGCUGGAGCAAUUAGAAAAGCUAUUGGUGCUUAUAAAGAUUGGAUACAAAUGAACGAAGUUCCACCAUUUAUGUUAGAACCAUUAGAUAGAGAAUGUGAAGAGAAUCAAAAGAAAGAUCUUGAUUUUGAAAAAAGUCUAGAUAACUCAAAAUUGUUGCGUCUUAGGAACGACUCCUAUAUUGGUGCUAUUCAUAGAGAAAAUCUCUUUGUAAGAGCUGGACUACAAAAUGUGCUUCAAGUAUUUAUUACUCAAGCUUCUAAUGUAUUUUUCUUAGAAACUGUUGCAUCGGCUACUCUACUUGAGGAGCAAACUGAUAGUUGCAAAAGAGUUCUUAAUGUUUAUCGAUAUGUUGUUAUGCAUACAAGACUUGAACCUGCUACUUGGGAGCAAUUAUUAAGGGUAUUAUUACAAAUAACAUCUUUGGUAUUGAGUGAAAAAAAUUCUCGACGAAAAUAUCAUGAAAGUAUUGGUGUCAAACUAGCAUCUGCCAUUUUUCAAACUCUUAUUGUGACUUGGAUAAAAGCUAAUUUAAAUGUGAUCAUAUCAACACAAUUAUGGGAUCGAUUUCUUCAAGUUUUAACUUCCCUUACACAUUGGGAAGAACUAAUAAGAGAGUGGGCUAAAACCUUGGACACGUUAACAAGAGUUCUCGCCAGGCAUGUUUAUAAUCUUGAUCUAAAUGAUCUUCCAUUAGAUAGAUUGAGUGAGCAAAAGUCAAAAAGACGAAAAGGAGUGGGUAGUCGUGCCACAUCAACUAAUAGCGUACAACCAUCUCGAAGAGGAAGUGUCGAUCAUGAAAUAGUUCAGUUAUCAAAGGAAGUUACAGAUCAUGCAUUUCGUGAGUUGAGAAAAGUUCGACUACUGCCACGAAGUGUAAGCGAUAAUUCCAUUUACAAUGGAAAAAUUAAUUUCAAGAUUCACAGACAUCGUUCGCAAGCUGUUAGCGCCGGCAUAUCUGCACUGCCUAUUUCCAUAGAACAGAACAUGGUGAGACUAGCAUCGAAUAUAUCGCGAUGUGACUCCAGGGGUAAGCGGUUGAGUCUCAGUCGCCGUACUAAGUCCCUAGAGAGCAUCAUUUUUUCGGAAAAUAGUGAGCCGACAACCCCGAGAUGUCCUUCACCAACUCUGAGCAGCGGUGUUAACAGUGAUAAGGACAGUCCUAUACAAAUCGAAAAUAUUGAUGGUAGCAGCAUUGAUACGAAUGAUGCAUCAGAAAAGAGGUCGGUGAUGGCUGGUGGUAGCGUGAAAGGUUGGUUGCCCGAUGUAGCCGUCGUUCUCUGGAGACGUAUGUUAUGCGCCUUGGGCGAUGUUAAUAAUAUUCAAGAUCCAGCACUUCACGGUCAAGUCAUGCAAUAUCUUGUACAGCUUACGCAGACGCUUAUCAAAAUACGACAAAAUCAAGGAGUUUCCGGAGAUAAUCAAGCAACUCCUCCAGCACCAGAACUAAUCCCUCCAUUAUCGAUAAUUGCUCCAUGGUGUUUUAAGGCAAUACAAUUACCUCUACAGUACGAAGCAGGAAAACUAGCAGCAUAUCGGCUUAUUUGUAUUUUAACAAUUCAGCCACAAGAUAUUAAUUUACCAAAGCAGCACUUGACACUUUUUUAUCAAGCUGUUCAUCAUGGAAUUUCUAGCAACAACACAAAGAUUCUUCAUACUCUUGUGAAAUAUACAGGAUCCCGAUUAUUUAGUUUAAAUUUACCUGGCUGCAGUCUUUUAAUUUUGGAUUAUAUUCAAGCUGCAAACGUGAUUCUUAGUAGUCAGGAUAUUCAGGCUCCAAGAAUGGAAGCAGUUUCGAUUCUGGGUUCAUUAUUGUCAUUACCAACAACUAAUGCUAAUACAAUAGUUUUACAACCAAAUGAAUCAGAGAUCGUAACGACAACUUGUCCAUAUGCAAAAGAUCAUAUUAUAGCAAUUUUAAUGCGAUGCUGUCGUCAUGAGCCAACAGGUGUAGCAAGAUGCAUAGCACUAUCAAGUAUUGCCAUGUUUGUUUAUAAAGAAUUAAGCUACAAAUCUUUACAUAGAACGAUACCAGAGGCUGUCAAUGUACUUCUGUUUUCGUUACUGACAUCUCACACAACUGUUGCACAAGUCGCAUGUGAUUGCCUUCUUUUACUUUGUAAUAAAGCUGAUGUUUUCCUUGAACAAUACCCUAAUGUUCCAGCAAAAAUAAUACAGAGUUUAUCUGAAACACUUGAAAGGACUAUAAAGCAAGAGAGAAACAGUAUUUUAACGAUUUCUAUGCUUUUUUGUUUGGGAGAAUGGGCAAUGCAUCUUGGUCCAAAUAUACUAUUGCAAAUAUUUCAAGGAAAGUCACUUCUCUUAACACUUUUUUCUGUUUUAGAUAAUAUUGCACAAAAUAAAUUUUAUAAAGAAAACUCUUGUAAAGCCCAGCAAUUUGAAAAAGAAGAUUUUGAACCAAACAUUGUUUUAGAUAAUUUAUUUGAUGAAACAUCUUCAAAAUUAUUUUGGAGAGAAAAUGUACAAUCUGUACAAUUGGCUGCAAAAAUGGUAAUGACACACCUCAUCAAUCAUUUAGGACACUUUCCAAUGGGGAUUGGUGCAGCUCGUUUGUCAUCUUUAGUCGUUGAGUUAGACGAUGUGCCAGGUAUUAAUGGCGAUGAAUUAUCUUCAGCAAUAUUUCAAGCACCCAACAUUCAAUUACUUAUGCUGUCCAAUUCCAUCAUAAUGUCUUUGAUAGAACUCAAUACUUUAGAUGCACCAGGUGGUGGAGUCACAGCAGGAUUGAUGACUGCCCCAUCAAUGGUGCGGGUAUUGUUAAGAGAUUUAGCUGGAAAAGCAUCGUGGGAUAGUUCAAUUUUGUAUAACCAGCCUUCCAAUGAUGAUAUCGAAAUUUCUGAUAUUAAACGAGACUGUUCAAUGAGAGCUAUAAAAGAUGAUUUAUGUAGCGUAAUUUCUUUACAAAACUGUCCUCCAAGACAUACUAUGCGACAUAACGAUCCGCAUGUUUUACCUACAUAUGAAAAUGGAGCGAGUGAUAUAGACAACUUGGAUGAUCUGCUUCAGUAUAUUGGUCACACCAGCCCAGAAGUUUUGAUGAAUCCUGAGAUGAGCUUAAACUCACCAGUGGGCCCACCACAAGGUCAAUACUCAGAAACCGAAACGAUAGCUACAAUCCUUGGUCAACGCAACAUUGAACGCGAAUACGUAAAUGGCUGGAAUCAACGCAUUGGCGCGUGUGCAGCCCCGAUGGUCUCGCCAACUUAUUGUUUACCAUCCGCGCCCUUCCAUCAUUGCCGACUUCUUUUCUCACAGUUAGGUCUCUCUGGCUGGGAACAGCGUACGAAACUGCAUCUACUUUCGAAGAACGAAAAAUUAUUGAGGGAAUUGAGAAAUAUUGAUGGCCAAAGAUCGAGAGAGACCCACAAAAUCGCAGUGAUAUAUGUAGCCCAGGGCCAAGAAGAUAAAAACUCGAUUCUUGGGAAUGUAACUGCAAGUAAGGAGUAUGAAAGUUUUAUUGCAAGGCUUGCAUGGGAGGUUGAACUUGAAUCUCACACUGGAUUCUUGGGUGGCCUUGUGCCAGGAAAGGCAUCUGGCGUUACUGCACCGUACUUCGCUACUUCUUUUGCUGAAAUUAUAUUCCACGUUGCCACCAGAAUGCCCUCUGAUAGUCCCGAAAGUUUGUUACAAAAGACGAGACAUCUUGGUAAUGAUGAAAUACAUAUUGUUUGGUCGGAGCAUUGGCGAGAUUAUCGUCGAGACAUCAUUCCUACCGAAUUUUGUGAUGUACUGAUAGUUAUUUAUCCCCUUGAAAACAAAUUGUAUAGAGUGCAAGUAUCCAAGAAACCAGAAAUUCCAUUUUUUGGAUUACUAUUUAAUGAGUGUAUUGUAGAAGAUGUGGUAUUACCAGGAUUGAUUAGAACUACAGCACUUGCUGCUAGCAGAGCAAAGAGAACAACAUUAACAUUAUAUCAGCAUUAUUAUGAAGAACGAGCAAAAUCUAUAGACACAAUUAUGAAAAAUCAUAAAGAAUCAACAACUUUUGAAGAGUUUGCUGCAAAUGUAUAUUCUCCUGUUCAAUCGACAAGUCCAUUUAAUGGAACUUCUUCAGUUUCAGGUUCGACAAUAAGUGUACAAUCUGCAGCAUCAUCGAAUCUUGCAGCUGCACUUCUAGAUUCACAUCAGAUUCGACCAGGUUUUCGAGGUACUUAUUCUGCCAGCAAUGAUAAUCGUGCAAAUAGAGCUACCGAUGGUAGUCGUGUGUGGUUUAGCAGUGACACCACUGAUAGCGCAUCUUUCCGUGGGAUAUCUCCGAGACCAACGAAGAAAAUGUCAUUCAAGACAGGACCUAAGAACAAAAAUAAUUUUCAGUCUACACCACCAGACAGCCCUAGAUAUAAAUAAUCUUAAGAGUGAAAUUGUAAAGGCAUUCUAUAGUUGUAGAUUGUUCAGCCUUUUUCUAUUGUAAAUUUACCCAAUA